CCGAAAAGCCCGGGCAAGGCAGACAAAGCAUGGAGGGGAGGACAUCCAAGAAAACAACGUGCUCGAUGGCUUGAAACACAGUGCCAAGAUGUGGAGGAGCCUGCUGCUGAGGGGGUCCACCUGUUUCUUACAGGUUGGAGCCCCAAAAUUUCCCCACCAGAGGCUUUUGUUCUCCCUGCGUUUUACCCCCAAAAGUUAUUUCAAGCCUGCCCCUGCCAUGUUUAUGGUGCCACUCAGUCUGCCUGCCCACUUAAGGAUUUGUAGGACCUAUAAAAAGGACACUAAAUCUAGUGGCGAGUUCCCAAUUAGUCCUAUAACUGUAACUGACAUAAAACAUUACCUACGAUCCAAAGAUAUAAAUUUCCAUGAUGGCUACAGCUGUUUGCACAUCCCAAGUAUUUUUGUGGACUCUGCUUUAAGGAAAGACAGCUUUUCCUUAUUCAUUGACAAAACUACUGGUAGGUUUUUGUGUACGGACACGUUGGUGGAGGGGAGCUGGGAGGACCUUCAGGAUUGUCUUGAGGUGAUGCAGAAAGAUGACCAAGAUGCCCUCAACCCCUCUGUGCUGCUGGGAUAUCCUGAGAGCGAAGAGGAGCAGGAGGAGAGAGACAGAGAGCUGAAGGAGGUGCAGAGGGUCUGGUCCAGUUCUGUCCCUCUCACAGAUGUCACUGAAGAAGAGGCACAGCUGAUUAAAACUAUGUUCCAGAUUACCAAAAUUACCAAUGCAACCCUGAAGAAGUUUGGUGUGCGACUCUUCAAGCCCACAAAGAGCUUAGUUUUCCCCUGGUUUGGAGGACCUGACUGUUCAUUAAAGGGUGUUAAGCUCAUAUCUGCCCAAAUCACAGAUAAUGACAAAGUAACCUAUAAUGAAGCUACAGUUCCCAGGAUCAGCACAUACUAUAAUUUAUUUGGCUUUUCUUUGGUGGGACGUAAGGACACAGAGGUGGUUUUGACUGGAAGUGAAUUAGAUACAUUAGCUGUAAGCCAGGCUACGGGACUGCCCUGCGUUAGUCUUCCACGUGGAGUCAGCUGCCUACCACCGAUCCUCCUGCCUUAUUUAGAACAAUUCAAAAGAGUAACUUUGUGGCUAGGAGCAGACAUUCGGUCCUGGGAAUCGUCCAAAAUCUUCUCAAGAAAACUGGGUCUAAGACGAUGCUCGCUAGUGAGACCAGGAGAAUUCAGACCAUGUCCUAUUGAGGCACUGGCAGAGGGCAAAAACUUAUCCCGUAUUAUAAGCACCUCCAUCCCGGCAGCACACAAGUCUAUAGUGUCAUUUAAGCAGUUGAGAGAGGACGUUUAUGGGGAGCUUCUAAACAAGGACCAGGUGGCAGGUGUCAAGUGGACACGGUUUCCAGAACUCAAUAGGAUCCUCAAGGGACAUCGCAAAGGAGAGCUGACAGUUUUUACAGGUCCAACAGGAAGCGGAAAGACUACCUUCAUCAGUGAGCUGGCCCUGGACCUUAGUAUGCAGGGGGUCAACACUUUAUGGGGAAGCUUUGAAAUCAACAACGUUCGUCUGGCUAAGAUCAUGCUCACACAGUUUGCCAUGCAGAGACUGGAGGAUAAUUUAGAACAAUAUGACUACUGGGCGGACAAGUUUGAAGAGCUGCCGUUGUAUUUUAUGACUUUCCACGGACAGCAAAAUAUCAAGACUGUUCUCGAUACAAUGCAGCACGCGGUGUACCUCUACGACAUCAACCACGUUAUAAUUGACAACCUGCAGUUCAUGAUGGGGCAAGAAAACCUCACGGUAGACAAGUUUGCAGUACAGGACCAUAUCAUUGCAGCAUUCAGGAAGUUUGCCACUAACAGCAGCUGUCACGUCACGUUGAUCAUUCACCCGAGAAAAGAGGAAGACGACCGAGAGCUUCAAACUGCAUCCAUCUUCGGUUCGGCAAAGGCGUCUCAGGAAGCAGACAACGUGCUGAUUUUGCAGGAGAAGAAGUUGGUGACCUGCCCUGGCCGCAGAUCUCUUCAGGUCACGAAGAACCGUUUUGAUGGCGACGUAGGCAUCUUCCCUCUGGACUUCAUCAAAUCCUCUCUCACUUUCUCUGCUCCUGUUAAAGGUAAGCACAAGUUCAAAAAGCCAACAAAGAGUGAAACUGACGAUCUCCCGGGACCUGACGCUGCAUUGAAGAAGGACGAGGUCAAAAAAGAAAAAGUGUCUAAAACAACAAAGACUAAAACUGCUACAGCAAGUGAAAACAACCAGAAAUAAAACGAACUGUUAUUUAGAGCUGUGCAAGCUUCAAAGUUUUAGUUUUAAUAAUGUAUAUCUCAGUAUUCAGUAUGUACAAUUAAAGGUGCACUAUGCAACUUUUUUUGGUUGCCAUGUGCUUUUCUCCAUGGGGAUGUUAUCAUUUUUGUAUGUAAUGUUCCACAGUGUGUCAUCAAACUUGUCUAUCACCAUGGAGACAAGCAUGUGACCCCCACCAAGCUAAGUUACAUAUCUGAACUGUGGAGUGGCCAGCCGACUCACAGUAAGAAUUUGUGUUUAGUAAUAAAAAAACACCUAUAAUAAAUAAACACAAGAUAGUCAAGCUAAAUGCCAAACUGUGGAACAUUUCAGGCAAAGCUGUAUCAAGCUAAUUGCAGACGCUCUCCCAGAAAAGUUUGAUAGUGUACCUUUAAAAUUAUAUUAGUACAUUUAUAUUCUUACAUUCUACAUGUUGUACAUAAUGGAAAAUAUGUAAGAUGAUGUACCUUUUAUAUGAGCUACUGUAUUUUGACAUAAACUGACGUUUUAUAUAUUUUACUGAAUAUACCAAAUCAUUUUUAUUAGGCACUUUCAAAUUUACACGAAUAUGAUUUUCCCUUUUAUACUUCCAAAUUAAAAAUGCAUGCCCCUUUCAGAUGAAGUUGUAACUCAAAAUCUAAUAGUAUUAGAUGCUUUAUUAAAUAAGCUACAGCCUAUCUGCAUCACACUCAAUGUGAAAUUAAAGAGUUUAAUGAUUUCAGUUUAAAUACCGGUUUGAAGGUAUAAAGUGUUAAACAUUGUUGAUAAUGUUCUGUUAAGUGUCAGUGUUUUCAUGUAUAAAACAUUUAAAAAGUGCUUUCUACUGAUUUAUACAAAUACCUCUUUUGUAUUAAACUACUGUACAAAAA